ACGGACCAGAAAAUCAUGCUAGAAAAUUAUAUGUGUGUUGUAACACUAUCUCUUAUAGCCUUGCAACACAUAUAUGUGGACAGUGUCUUCCAACCAAUUAUUCAUCACAGCUACAUAGUCAACCAUACAGACCAAGCUAAGAAUCAACUUCAGUCAUGAGUAAUUACAAAGUUGGACAUGUGUGAAAGAGCACAGUCCAGGUUUGAGCAGAUCCUAAAGAUCAAAUGGAUGACAAACUUACAUUAAUGAACAAGGUUAUAAUUUAGGGCAAAACAAGCUCAAAAUGGCUACAUUUCCUCAUGUACCAGUACAUUUAAUCACACUGACUAUAAUGCUGUUAUUUGUACCUGGAAGGCUAGGCAACAUGGAAACUGACAAAAACUGUUAUGUGGACUUAGCCCAAGUUUUUUUCAGGUAUUGUCAAGCACAUUCCAUCACAACAACUUCAGAUAACUUUGUUACUUACAAGAAUCCAGAACUCAGUACAUGGAAAAUUGGACUAUCUAGGUAUAUUGAAAUCAACAUUAAUGGUACAAAGAUAAAAGAUCGGAAAUAUUAUAAUAAUUAUCAAGAAUCUCUUGAUGAUAAGCCAAAUCAGAACAGGAGAGACAAACCCUAUAAACUAGCAAUGAGAGCAUAUGGGCAUGGAUUAGGAAAUAAAAUGUUUAUGUAUGCUUCAAGCUUUGCUGUGGCUCAGUGGAACAAGAUGGAAUUCAUUUACGACAAUCCAAGAAAAGAAAUAGAGAGUAUUUUCCAGCCCACAGCAAGGAUACUUCACUAUGAGCCCAAUCUCACUGACAGCUUUCUUCAACUGAAAACCUACACCUGCUGUGAGUUUUAUCCUGCUUUAAAAAGUCUCCCUCCAGAGAACAUUCACCUGUCUGGCUAUUUACAAAGUUGGAGAUACCUAGAACCAUGGGAAAAAGAUAUACGAAGGGAGUUUACAUUUCAAGACCACAUACAGAGCACAGCCAGAGAAAGCCUCUCAAACAUGGUUGCUCAGCUGAAAAAGACAUCAGAAAAUCCAACUUUCAUAGGGCUUCAUGUCAGAAGAGGAGAUUUCACCUACGACCAAAAUCUGAUAUCCCAUGGCCACAAAGUUGCUGAUGCAGCAUACAUUCAUAGAGCAAUGGCUUACUUUAAAGACAGAUACCCUGAUUCUAUCUUUAUUGUCUGCAGUGAUGAAAUACCAUGGUGUAAAAAGAAUAUCCCAGACACUGAUGGCAAUGUAGUUUUCACUGAAGAAAGCAACCCAGCGUAUGUAGACCUGGCUAUUCUCUCCCUGUGUAAUCACACAAUAAUGACAGUGGGGACUUUUUCAUGGUGGGCUGCCUGGCUUGCUGGGGGAGAAGCCACUUACUAUGCUGACUGGCCACAGCAAGGGUCAGGAUUUGAAGGAUCAAUGAAUAAGAGUGAUUAUUUUCUGCCUCAUUGGAUUGGACUAUGAAAUAAUUAAUUUCUUUGAUAGAAAG